UGUCGUUUGCAGGAAACGGUUCGCCACCUAUAAAUACAGAGCCUGCCCAACUUGUUUACAAACGCAAUAUACAUCCUUAUUUUCUCGCUCCUAGCAAACGCUUCAGACAUUCUUUUUCUGUCUAUUUAGCAUUAUCGUCCCCCAUUUCCCCUAUAUAUUUGGGAAACCAUAGCAGAGUAGUUCCUUUAGUUCAUGUUUGUCAGCAAAUUUAGGGUUUCGAUUUCAUUCAAGUCUUAACAAACUGUCUGUUAUUAUAGUUAGCAUAUUCAGUGUUUUGUUUCAGCAAUGAGGAACUUGGUAAUAUUUACACUGUUAUUUGUGCUCUGUAUUGGGAGAUGUUCAUGCUACAGCCCAUUUUCGGUGAUAGGAUACAACCCAGAAGAUUUGGCGUCUGAUGAAACACUUUUUCAGAUCUAUGAACGGUGGCAGUCGGAGCAUGGGAAGGCCUACAAUGGCCUGGAUGAGAAAGAAACCAGGUUCCACAUAUUCAAAAGCAAUUUGCUCUACAUUGAUGUGCAAAACCGAAAAAACAAUUCGUUUUCGCUUGGCCUCAAUCAGUUUGCAGACCUGACCCAUGAUGAAUUUAAAAGCAUGUAUUUGGGUACUGUAUUUCGCUCCUCAAGACACCAUUCGAACACCUCUCCGAGCAUUCGAUAUAAAUAUAUUGAAGGCGAGCAGAUGCCUGAAUCAGUGGAUUGGAGAAAAAAUGGUGCCGUAACGGAGGUUAAAGACCAAGGAACUUGUGGAAGCUGUUGGGCAUUCUCCACAGUUGCAGCGGUUGAAGGAGUUAAUCAGAUUGUGACAGGGAAGUUAAUAUCUUUGUCUGAACAAGAGCUUGUAGACUGUGAUACUUCGACCAACCAGGGGUGCCAUGGUGGAUUAAUGGAUGCGGCAUUUCAGUUUAUUGUGGAGAAUGGUGGUAUUGACAGCGAGGCCGAUUACCCUUAUAAGGCUCGAGAAGAUGCCUGUAACAUGAAACGGAAAAAAACCCAUGUUGUAACAAUUGAUGGCUAUGAAGAUGUACCUAGACAUGAUGAAAAAUCAUUACAGAAGGCUGUAGCACAUCAACCGAUCAGUGUGGCUAUUGAAUCUAGUGGGAGGCAGUUCCAAUUUUACAAAUCUGGUGUGUUCGAUGGUUAUUGUGGAACUAAUCUCGAUCAUGGUGUCACAUUAGUGGGUUAUGGAUCAGCUGAUAAGGACUACUGGAUUGUAAAGAAUUCAUGGGGUCCAAGUUGGGGUGAAAAUGGGUUCGUCAGGAUGGAAAGAAAUAUUAAGAGUUCAUAUGGAAAAUGUGGCAUUGCCAUCCAACCAUCGUAUCCAAUUAAAAAUAGACUCAAUCCUCCAACACCUUCUCCUUAUCAUCCAUCUCCAAUUCAGCCUGCAACAAAGUGUAACAACUUUUUUUCAUGUCCAGGUGGUAGCACAUGCUGCUGUGCAUACAGUUUUCAUAGAUUAUGCAUUCAUUGGUCUUGUUGCCCUUAUGAAUCUGCUACCUGUUGUAAUGAUCGUUCCCAUUGCUGCCCACAUGACUUUCCAGUCUGUGAUUUGAAAGCAAGGAGCUGUCGUAAGAGUUGGAACCAUCCAUUCGGAGAAACCAUGCUCAACCGUACUCAAGCGAAGCCUCAUUCAUUUUAUAACUUAUAAAAGUCCCCUAUCAACACCAUCUUAUCAAUCAUCAACCACUUUUUUAACUUUGAAGAUCAAGAUCAUCCUAACCCCAUCAAUAAUAUUUAACAAAGACGGUGCCAUUUCAAUUUGCAAGUCUUUUUGGGGGGGCUUUCAAGACGCCAACCAAUUGACUUUGUCUUAAUGCUGAUAUAUUUCAAUAUUGUUUGUUCAAUGUUAUGGAGACUGAAAUUACAGCUCUGCCAAACGUUAGUUCUGAAGUUUAAGACUUUGAUAAAUAUAUAC